AUGCCCAGUUGCACGGCAGAAGCGCUCGCGUGGGCCCUCGGCCGUCUUAAUGCUGCAAAGCGAAGCGCAAAGGGCUCUGAUCUGGCUCCACCUGGAUCUCACCCUUCUCGAACCCCGCCCCUCAUGGAAUCCUGGGACGGGCAAGGCAGCGCCAUCACCGGCGUGUCCAUCUCGCUGGGCACGCUGGCGACUUGCAUCGUGUGCACGCGCAUGGGCGCCGUGUACAAGCGGAGGGGAUGGCUGGGCCUGGAGGACGCCAUGGUGGCGCUAUCCAACUGUUGCUUGAUCGUCAUCACCGUGCUCGGCUGCGAAGCCGUGCGAGCGGGCUUCGGCCUGCACAAAACGGACAUCGCAGCAGCAGGAGGCAACUUGCGCCUCGCACUCAAGUACUUCUUCCUCUUCCAAAUCUUCUACAAAUGCGUCAUCCUCUUCAACAAGCUCGCCUUCCUCCUCCUCUACCUGCGCGUCUUCCAGAUCCACUCGUUCCGGCUCAUCUGCCUCUGGUCCAUCGCCUUCGUCGUCGUCGGCUCCUUCUCCUUCAUCACGGCCACGCUGCUCGAAUGCCUGCCGCUGGCGUGCAACUGGAACAAGACGCUCCCCGGCGGGUGCCGCUGCAUCAACAACUCGGCGUUCCGCUGGUCGUGGGCGGCGUUCAACACGCUGACGGACGUGUGGGUGGCGCUGCUGCCCAUCCCCUUCAUCCAGCGGCUGCAGAUGUCGGCGGCGAAGAAGCUGGGCCUGUGCGUGCUCUUCGCCCUCGGCCUCUUCGUCUGCGUCUGCAGCGCCAUCCGCAUGAAGGCGCUCGUGGCGAGCACCCGCGCGACCAAGGACACGACGUGGGACUCGGCCCCCGCCUUCCUGUGGUCCGGCAUCGAGGCGGCCGUGGGGCUGAUCUGCACCUGUCUGCCCAGCCUGCGCUGGCUGCUGUCCCACGUCAUCCCGAUGCUGGCGUCGACGGCGGGCGUGGCCGGGUCGUCGGACAAGAACCGCUACUAUCAGACGGGUAGUGGCAGCGGCGGCGGCGGGCGCAGGGCCUCGGCGGCACACAGGCUGGGCCAUCUCUCCUUCUGUCACGGCGGCGGCGGCGCCGGGGGCACGGCCAAGAGCGCGGGGGCCGGCGUGCACGAGCUGCCGGGCCUGGUCCCGAUCAGGGGCCGCAGCAAGGUGGACGCGACGGCGACGACGACGACGACGGGGAAGAACCGCUAUGGCGAGAGUUCGAGCGAGGAGCGCAUCAUCGGGCCGGUGGUGGGCAGGGGGGAGAUACAGGUGCAGACAUGCGUGUCGGUGCAGAGCUCGGCAACCAGCGCGGUGGGGGUGGAUUGA